GUCUCUGGUGUGGGAAGGUGACUGGAGGACAGAUAUUUUCAUGGCCUCAUUGAAAGAGAUGGACAAAGGCAACUCUGUGAAGCUUGUCCUGACUGUCAAUGGACAGCUGCUCCGAGGUGUCUCCAGCAGUACGCCCGCCCGCCCCUUCCUCGUCCCAGAGACCACCCAGUCACCAGUGCUCCCAGCAGAUGAUAUGCCCCUUGGCCAGGACCUGGAGGAUCCUACUGCAGUUAAGAGUCAGAGCUCAGAGGUGACUGCUGGAGCAUCCACACCUGGGAGGAAGGACAUCCGCCCACCACUGAGGACCCUGGCGGUACCCUGUGCCCUGAAGCCACCAUCUGGCAAGAUGGAAGCCAGUGAGGCCUGGAAGAAGAGUCCUGUCCACCCCAAGAAGCCCAGGAAAGUUUUAUUUGAACCCACAGCGUCUGAGAGAGAUCUCAAUGAAGAAGAUCUGGCAGUGGAAGAGUUGCAAGGCAGUCCCAGCCCACGGUGGUGCCAUGCCAUGUGCCUAAGUGACCUGGGGACAGCUGUUCUGAUCGGUGGAGAAGGCGUCCAUCAGCAGUCCUGCAAGGAUGCACUCUGGAAGCUGGAAAUUGACAGUGAUUUCUGGCUUCCAGUGGGUUUCCAGCUACAAAACGCCAUGCCAUCAUGCUUGCAUGGUCACACAGCUACCUACGACCCAGACACCAAGCGUAUCUACAUCUUUGGGGGCAUAAGGGAGGGCAAAGACUACAGCGGCAUCUACAUUCUGGACACAGUCACCUGGAAAUGGCUCCUCGUGGCUGCUAAAGGGAGGAUGCCAGUGCUCACCUACCACAGUGCAACUAUCUACCGCAAGGAGCUCUUUGUUUUCGGAGGGACUUUCCCCAAAAAGGCAUCACUGGCAGUUGGACCCUGCAGCAAUGUGCUCUAUGUCUUCAAUCCAGAGCAUGAAAUUUGGUAUCAGCCCAUCUCAGAAGGGGAGAAGCCUCUGCCUAGGCUUGGGCAUUCAGCUACUCUACUGAAGAACAAGCUGCUGAUUUUUGGGGGUCGGAGGACUUCUCUCUACCUCAGUGACAUGCACAUCCUGGAUUUGGGUUUCAUGGAGUACACACCAGUCCCCCUCCUUGCAGGACAGCCUUCCGCACGUUGUUUUCAUGCAGCUGUGGCUGUGUCGGACCAGAAGGUUCUGAUCAGUGGAGGCUGCAAUGCCAAGGGAGCCCUGCAGGAUGCCUUUGUCUUCCACCUAGAUACUCUUUCAUGGAGCACGGUGAUCCACCACGACCUCUGCUCUGUGCCCCGAGCUGGCCACACAUUGCUUGACCUGACUCCUGCCCACCUGAUGGAUGUGGACAAGGAGAACAGAGAGGAGCAUAAUCUGCACACGGUGUUGAUCUUUGGGGGCUCCAACUGUGCCGGGACAUUUUACAACAGCACAGUCAAGAUCCAGCUGGACCUAGGAUAA